AUGAGCUCGGGACCCGAGCCCCGGACGGCCCCGACACCCUUCAGCAUCGCAGACAUCCUAGGCCCGGGCAUGGCCCCCCGAGGACCCCCUGCGUCGCAGCUUCCAGAGGCGAGCCCAGGCCCCACGUCGCCGCUGUGCGCGCUGGAGGAGCUGACCAGUACCGCUUUCCACGGACUCGAUGGGCACGCUCUGCAGCCCGCUGGAGGCCUGGGCCCCGCGCGGCCUGACUCGGGGCCCCACCUGUCAGACGAGGAGAUUCAGGUGGACGACUGA